AGCAUCUCAAAUGAGAAAAUUUAAACACAUUCCAUCGUAGUGACUUCAGGUGUUUACGUGGACUUGGGGCUAUGAACACUUCUUCAUGUUGAUAAUGGCUCUGUGCUUUUUUUGAAAGUACAUUUGGACUUCACACGUUGUUAUCUUCGCCAUUCUAAAACCUGUGUUGCUUAUUUCCAGGUUUGCCAAAGAUGCAGGUGAUCAGGAGCUAUGCUGGGACGCCACCCCCCGCCCUCCACGAAGGGCCCCCGCUGCACAUCCAGGCCGGGGACACCGUCGAGCUGAUGCGGGGAGACGCGCACAGCCUGUUCUGGCAGGGUAGAAAUCUAGCAUCUGGAGAGGUUGGAUUUUUCCCAAGUGAUGCUGUCAAGCCCUGUCCAUGCGUGCCCAAACCAGUAGAUUAUUCUUGCCAACCUUGGUAUGCCGGAGCUAUGGAGAGGUUGCAGGCAGAGACCGAACUUAUUAAUAGGGUGAACAGUACUUACCUGGUGAGGCACAGGACCAAAGAGUCAGGAGAAUAUGCCAUUAGCAUUAAGUACAAUAAUGAAGCCAAGCACAUCAAGAUUGUAACAAGAGACGGCUUAUUCCACAUUGCAGAAAACAGAAAAUUCAGAAGUUUAAUGGAACUCGUGGAGUAUUACAAGCAUCACUCCCUGAAAGAGGGGUUCAGAACCUUGGAUACGACCCUGCAGUUUCCCUACAAGGAGCCGGAGCACUCAGCUGGACAGAGGGGGAGCAGAGUGGGCAACAGCUUGUUGAGUCCAAAGGUGCUGGGCAUCGCCGUCGCCCGCUACGACUUCUGCGCGAGGGACAUGCGGGAACUGUCCCUGCUGAAAGGAGACGUGGUGAAGAUUUACACCAAGAUGAGUGGCAACGGCUGGUGGAGAGGAGAAGUGAACGGCAAGGUGGGCUGGUUUCCAUCCACGUAUGUGGAAAUAGAUGAGUAGAUGCCGAUCUGGUGCUGCCCCUGGCACUGGAAACUUCAGCGAUGGGACACACACUGAAGCGUGCACGGCGGGUGAAUGAACCCCGAGGUGUUUCCAAGCUGCAUUUCCGGCUAUUCCACAUCCUCCCUCCUAAGUCUUAAUCCUGGGAUCUGAAAAUGCUGGUACUGACAGGUGAACAGCUUGCCUGCAGCUGGGCAAGGAGCAGCCCACCAGCCGGUCAUGGUAAGGGACCAGGGCAUAGCCAGAAGCAUUUCUCCUCCAAAGAGCCCAGCAAACACAUCGGUUCAUCUUGCUUUUUCCUUCAUCUGGUCCGAUAUCACGAACUCCGCCAUCAGUAAAUGUUUACCACCUAUUUCUUCUCACGUGCCAUUCACCAGAAUUCUUCUGUGGUACAAAGAAGCAGAAGUUUAAUUUUCCCUUUCCCAGCAGGCAGCCAAACGAGAGCUCCGCUGUUUGGCAGCCCACCUGAAGGGUCAGCAUGAUUCGUCUUAAAUGGCCUUGCAAGGUGACUCAUUGCCUGGCCAACACUUCCAUUCAGUAAUUCAUUUGAUGUCCUGAUCAUAUUUGCAAGUUGCUUUAUAAAAAGAAAAAAGAGUCUUCCUAUGAAAUCCUCCCAACCUGCGUGAUUUCAUAGGGUUGUUUCGGAAAUGUGGUGUCUCACUCUGAAAUCACCUUGGCUGGUAUAGGACAGGUAGUUGCAAGGAAACCGAGUGAGGACGCGUUGUUUGCAGAAACAGCUUAAGGGCUAUAAUUUAUGUGAAGUCAUUUGACAGAAGCAACAUCUAUGAGCACAUACCUUUUCCUCCCCCCAAAAAAGACCUAGGACAUAGUUGCUGAUUUUCACGUUUUCCUGGAGUAUUUACAGUGGCACAAACACACAAGUUUGUUGAGGAUUUUGGAAGGAGAGCACAGCUGAGUCCAGUAUGCAUUUCUGGGACCAGAGAGUCACUAAGGUGUUUCUGGUCUCCCUCAGUGUGGGCUCCCCAUCAAUCAGCAGGCCCUUUCUAGGUGUGUGUUAACUGGUGGGAAGAUCAGUUUUUGCAGUGGAUUUAUUUGACCAAACCUUCAUUUUUUUAUGUGAUAUGUUCCUCCUAUGAACCACAGAGGGCCCGGGCAAGACAGUCAGGUUAAGACACUAACUUGGCCCUUUCCUGAUGAAAUAGUUUUUCCAUAGCACAAGUCAUGUCUAGACAAGGUUCAGACAGUGUUUCAUGUUUGAAGAAAACAAAACAUUAGAAUCAUUAACUUAAUAGAGCCAAAUAAGGAGCGUUCAGUCUGAGAUUUUGGAUCAUGUCUGAAAUGAGGGAAGUGUCACCUGCCUGCUCCCCAACCCACUUGAAUUCCAGAACUUGACGUUCAAUGGCCUCCUUCCCCUGUAGAGACCCUCCCUUCUCAAAUAAGAUAGAGUCAGGAUUACCUUUACCUCAGAAUUAUGUAAACUGUGAUUGUGUUCUAGAGAAAUUGUUAUUUGCUAAAACCAGUUAAGGUUUUUUUUGUUUUUGUUUUUUGUAUAUGUGUAAAUGACCACAGAAAUGAAUUUUAUAAAACGUUCUGUACAGUUAAGUUGUACCCUCAUGGUGGUCUCCUGAAGUCUUAUCUGCAACGCUGAGUCUGGGAAUGUUCUGUCUGUUACUGUCUGUUGCUACAGAGAGAGCAGUGUCAUGCAAACUGAAACACUCCUGUGUAGGGUAUAGUAGCGUGUAUUGAUUGUUUCUUUUAUUGUUAUUUUAGCCACUAGACUCCCUUCCUUACAAGUGGUGUUUGGUCUUCCUGUUGCAUUUCAUGGACCUGAUCCUGGCAGAGAAUGUUAGAGCCCCUUUUCAUGAUGUUACUGAUGCCAUCUUUGUCUACGUUUAAUACUUUGUAUUGGAAACAUUAAAUGCUGCGGAUUUGUGUAGAUUUCUAAUACCAAAGACAGAAGUAAAUGUUUUUCCAUAUACUUUGUCUUGCCUGUAUGCAGCCUUGUGUAAUAUGAUGAGUUAGAGUGGUAUUUCACUUUGUAGUAUUUUGUAAAUAUGUCAAUACAAUAAAUAGUUACUACUUGCAUUAAAUUGAUAUCUCAGGA